AUGCUGCAGAGUGCAGAGUACAGACUGCCAGACACGGCCAGUAUCUUCUCUGCACUCUUCGGUUUCCCCAAAUCUCGACAAAGCAAGGAUAUGGAGUACGGCUGUCCCGGGGCCAUCACAAGACAACGUUUUCCUGCAGGGGGAGAGCGAGCGACGGGACCUUUUACUUCAGACAAGAUUAUUUCUACAGUACUACUACUAAUUUACUACUACUACUACUACUACUACUACUACUACUACUACUACUACUACUACUAA